AUUCUGAAUUACACAAUAUUACAACAGAAAGCACAUCUAUCCUUCCAAGCGCAUUCAUAAGAUCAAGACAAUCAACACCACAAUGGACUCCCUUCAAAUUCUUCUUCCAAAUAAAUCGCAAUCCCAUAAAGUGGAUCACCGCCUGAGGCACCGACAUAAAAACCACCCAGCCAAGCUCCUAAAGGAUCAUGAAUAAUACCUCCCAUGCCCAUGUGAUGAUGAACGGAACUAUAAGCACCAUCAACCAUCAAUGAAACAUACCUCCGGAGAGCAGGGAAAUUGAGCACCUGCAGCGGCACCAGAAGCAGAAGCAGAAGCAGCCACGAAUUCUACGGAGGAUUCUUCCGAGAAGAUGAACAAGGAUCUUCAUGUCACGUUUCUUCAGAUGAUGUAUCAGUUGCUUCCAUCCCCAUACGAAUCCCAAGAGAUCAACCAUCUCACUCUCGCUUACUUCAUCAUCUCUGGCCUUGACAUCCUCAACGCUCUCCAUUCAGUUGAGAAGGAAGCUGUUGCCAAUUGGGUUUUGUCUUUCCAAGUUCACCCUGGAACCAAACCUGACCCCAAUAACGGACAAUUCUAUGGCUUUCAUGGUUCCAGGACUUCACAGUUUCCUCCAGAUGAGAAUGGGGUUUUGCUUCACAACAAUAGUCACUUGGCAAGUUCUUACUGUGCCCUCGCAAUUUUGAAAAUUGUUGGUUAUGAUUUGUCCAGUCUUGAUUCUGAGUUAAUGUUGUCUUCAAUGAGGAACCUUCAACAGCCUGAUGGAAGCUUCAUGCCUAUCCAUACUGGGGGAGAAACAGAUCUUAGGUUCGUAUAUUGUGCAGCUUCCAUCUGUUUCAUGCUGGAUAACUGGAGUGGCAUGGACAAGGAGAAAGCCAAGGAUUACAUAUUACUUUGCCAGUCUUACGACGGUGGCUUUGGAUUAGUUCCUGGUGCAGAAUCUCAUGGUGGUGCAACUUAUUGUGCUGUUGCAUCUCUCCGAUUAAUGGGAUUUAUUGAAGACAGUAUUCUCUCAAGUUGUUCUUCGUCUUCUUUGAUUGAUGUGCCAUUACUACUGGACUGGACCUUGCAGCGGCAGGGGACUGAUGGUGGAUUUCAAGGUAGACCUAAUAAACCAAGUGAUACAUGUUAUGCAUUUUGGAUUGGAGCUGUUUUAAGGAUUCUAGGGGGCUGCAACUUUGUAGAUAAGAAUGCUGUCCGUGAAUUUUUGCUUGCCUGCCAAUACAAGUAUGGUGGUUUCAGCAAAUUCCCUGAAGAGUUUCCAGACCUAUACCACACCUACUAUGGAUUUAGUGCUUUCAGCUUGUUGGAAGAAUCUGGCUUGAAGUCACUUUGUUCUGAACUGGGAAUUACUGAUUUAGCCGCAAUUGGAGUCUAACUUUGAGUCUCAAAGUUUGAGAUGUCUUGUCUUGGCUUUCCAAGUCUUUGACUUAAUUUUUGCUAUAAUGGCUGUGUCCAUUAAAAUGGAUGCUUUUGAUUUUUUGAGUACAUAACAUAUGGAUCUUUGAACCUAAGUUUUAUUGCAAAUUAUAUGAAGCUCUGACCACUAAUCCA